UUUCACUGCUCUCUCACUCACUCAGUAAGACUCAUCCAGUACAAACUACCCCCUGACUGGUGGUCAUUCAGAGGCUGCAAAGUUUCAUUGUGAAACAGUCCACGUUACUAGAGAGAAGAUGGAAAGUUACGUUGCAUCUCUGUCGUUGGGAGAAGAAUCUACCCAGAUGUGGACCCUCAACAAAAGACUAGAAGCUUAUCUAUCCCGGGUGAAAGCUCUGGAAGAAGAGAAUGAAUCGCUAAGGGCAGAGAUCCAUCACUUGAAGAGCACCAAGUCUGAAAGGUGCUGGAAAAAGAAGUUUCACGAUGAAAUGCGCAAACUGAGAAAAGCGAUGGAUGAGAGCUACGCAGAGAUGGUCGAAGCGGAAAUGGCCAGAGACAGCAUCUGCGAGGAGAUAGAGUUUAUCAAAGAAAGGUGUCUACAAGAAAGGCAAGCGCAAGAAGACGCCAAGAAGGAGUUAUCUGAAAGCAAGAAGGUGCUGGAGGAAGAAGUGAGAGCCCAGAACUGGUUGAAAGAAAGACUUCUCCAACUGGAGGAAGAGUUGGAGGACAUUUUAAAGGUCCAUGAAGAAGAAAAAGAGCUGAUGGAGCAAGAAAUAUCCCAGUUCUCCCAGAGACUGGAGAACUUCAGGGUAGCUCCUGUAGCAUUUCAGCCAGUGGAUGUAGAUGAUUAUGCCAAGAAACUUUCAGAGAUCUGGCAUGGGGCAGUAGAAGGGUACAAGAGCGAAGUGUCAGCUCUGGAGAACAGUUUGACUGAAGCCAACGAAAACCUGCGAAAGGUGCAGGAAGAGAACAGACAGAGCAAGAUGCUCCUCCAUAGCCUGGAUAAAGAGCUGCAGAGUCUCAAGACGCGGAAAGAGAUGCUGGAGGAACUCCUCUCCAAACAGUGGCAGGAACAGCAGGAAGAAGGAACAAGGCUACAGUUUGAAGUUGAAACUUUGGAAAAGGAGAAGCAGGAUUUGAGAGCCCAGAUCGCGCAGGUCCUUGAGGACAGACAGCAGCUCAUGCACCUGAAGAUGUCCCUGAGCUUAGAAGUGGCCACCUACAGAUCACUUCUAGAAGCAGAGAGCACAAGAAUUUACCCUUCAGGAAUGGAAUACAAACUAUCUAACACUUUUAAUGAUUCAGUGAUGGGACAAAAGAGUUUCAACAGAAGCAGGCAGAACGAAGCCAACAGGAAGCUCGCGCCCAGGGAAUACAGACCGAGUUCCGGUAAAACGCGGACCGCUGAGAAAACCGAAGUGUUUCGACCAUCCACCGACCUCUUCCUGAAUGUGAAAACUUCCCAGAAAAGGGCAAGUCCUGUUACCAAAGAGUUCCAGAAAGUAAGCUCCGUUCUUCAAUCUCAGAGCACCACCAAAGCUCCCGUUGCCAAAACAGCAACUUCACUGUCAACGGGAAAAAGUGAUUUUGAGAGAUACUCUCCAUCCGUGAAUGUUUACGGGAAAACUAAAAUCGAAUCAUCUUCCAAUUCCUACUCUGUGAGCUCAUCCAAAGCGGAUGAUAAGAAGACUGUAAAUGGUACAAGAGACUCAACAUUCUUAAGUGAGAACGGUCACACUCUAAAAGACAAAGAGCGGAAGGGAGAAAAAUCUGUUAAUAAAGAUGAGCGUGAUUCAAUAUUUUCAACAAACCACGAAGCUCCCAUUUCUGAGUUCAAGGAGCUAAAUUUGGAGUCAUCUUUGAGAACAGUCACAGCGACAACUCAUGAAGAGCUGACUUCUGACUUUGUCCAGGAGGACGAUAAGAGCUUGGAGAUAAAAAAUGAUAGUCGUGAGGAACAGUUUCAUGAAAAACUCAAUGAGGAGCCUAAACCUCAAGAUGUUCCAAAACAUGAGAUGUUGGAUGACUCCUUACCAAACACAGUUAGUCAAAAGAAAGUGUCUGAAAACACAGAAGUGGCCGUAGAAAGAGAGAUCCUUAGUGAAGCCAUCAGUUACCAGAGAGUAUCUUAUAACCAGCAGGAAUUAGCAGAAUUGCACGUGGAUACACAGAUAGAUGGCGGAAAUGAAGCUGUUGAGCAGGAAGCAAAAGAACUUGAUAAAGACACUGAUUACACAUGCCCACCAGAAGUAAGUGAAAAUGGCCGACAGCAAGAAAUCACUAUAUUCCAAAGCACCGAAUAUGAAGAUAAAGACUUUGAGCUGCUCUCGAGUGACAACGACAAUGUAUCUGAAAUCAUAAGGCAAACAGUUGGAGGCCUUUUGGGAAGUAAUUUCCAAAUCGCUUCUGUUACUGAAACUGAAUAUGUUCACUAUCAAGAAGAUAAUACACAAGAACCUCAGUCGUUUGAGAGUACAAAUGAUUUUGACCAACUAAUCAGUGGAAAUUCCCAGUGGGUUCUGGAUUCUGAAGGCAGCAUUCAAGUCAAAUAUGAUCAAGCGAGGGUGGUUGUUCCCGGCGAAGAACAAGAAAAUAUCAGUCUGCAAAAUAAAGAACUGGAACAUCAACUGUCAGACGAUGAUGGUCAGUCAAUUCAAAAUAUCGAAGAACCAAUCCAACAAUCCCAGAUUUUCAGCAUCCUUCAGCAGGUUCCUAAAGGCAAAUUUGACAUUGAAGAGGGAAGUUUGCAGCACGAAGAAGACAGUUCUGAACUGGGUGAUGAGAAAUUAAAAGAUGGACAGAUGAGUCCAAGUAUAAGCAAUACCGAAAAAAAUGCUCAAUUCAAGUUAACUGAUGUGCAAGCCGAGCAGCCAUUUGAUAUUGAUGAUGUAGUUAACCAACUAGAUGACUUAAAGCAGGACACAAACCAGUUAAGUGAAAUUGAAGAGGAUAGCAUACAGGUGAAACUGGUUACAGAAACACACUUCGAACGAAGUGACGCUGAACCAAUGUCAACGUCCGAAUAUGAAGGUCAAUUGUCCGACAUUGAAAAAGAAAGUCAAGACAUAACUGAAAGUGAGAGCAACGUAGAAGAGACCAUCCAGUCAACUGAGUAUGAAGAACGCGUUGAACAGUUAAGUGAUGUUACAGAGGGCCCAAGCCAAUCAUUCGAGGAAUCAAAUGAUUUACCGCCAAGCCAAGAAGUCAUUCAUUUAGAAUUACACAAUGAAGAUGAUGAAAGAAAAGAAACUCUCAAUGUAAAUUAUGAAGAGGAGGAUGCUAACCAGUUUGUUGACGUGGAGCAUAACAGCCAAGGAAUCAUUGAUUCAGAGGCUUCGAGUCAACUGUUCUCUGAAGGUGUAGCUGAGGAACUGAGUUAUGCUAACCAAGAUGAUCAGCAUGUAAAAGAAUCAGAAGAAGCUAAUGUGGAAACAGAGGACGCAGAAAGUCAUCAACAGGCGAGUUAUCAACGCUUAAGUCAGUCUAAUAGCCCCACGGAAAGUAGCCAAGAAGAGGCAUCUCUCCAGGAAACAAGGGAGGUACAUGAAAGUCAUGAGGAAAUCGAGUUACUGGAUAAAAACGAUUCCAAUGAAGGUAUAAAUGACCAAAGAAAUGAACUUUUGGAAAACACAAUCCACAACGAUGAUGAUUUUGAAAGGGAAGUGGAGGAAAAACUAAAUGAUGCCACAGAAGAUCAGAAUGCAAGAGAAGAUAUAGGCGACCAACAAUUAUUGGAGAACGAAUAUGAAACAGCGGGGGAACAGGAAAAUGUUUUUAUAGAGAAGAUAACGUAUGAGACUAAAGUUCUCUUCACAGAGGAAGACACUUUGCGUGAUCAGUCUGAAUUGCAAGAACAGCGUGAGCUGUCUGAAGACUUGCUGGAAGCCAGUGAAAAUCAAUAUAUCGUAGGUGGGGUCCAUGAAGAUUUUACUGUAAAAGAGGAAUAUAGUAAUGAAAGUAUAGAAGAGAAUGAAAUUGAGCAAAUUAAGAAAAUAGAGGAAACCGAGAAAACAGAAGAAUGUUUAAGCGAAGACAACAAUCAAGAUUUGCUGACACCAGUGAAUGAAUCUGUUGAGUCAAAUAAUAUCCCUGAACUUGGAAAAGCUAUUGAGGAUAGUGAGGAACCCAAGCAAGAUGCCCAAGAGUUGGAAGAAACUGAUUCUGAGAAAUCUGAAAUAAUUGCAGAAAAUAACACACAGGUUUCCCUUGACAGUGUGAAGGAAGCGGAUGAUAUCAAGGCAGAUGAUGGAAUCCCAGCACAGUCCAUCACUGAAGAUCUCCCUGAGAAUGAAGGUGAGAUCAUUGAUGGGAAUGAAGAGCAGAGCGAUUAUUCUGAGGCAUCAUUUGAGAACCCUGUGGAGGUCAUUGAUGUACAUCACGCAGAACUUAAAAAUGAAGAAGACCUUGCAGAGCAUGAAGUUCAAAGUUAUGUUUUGGAACAACAGGAGGAACAUGAAGAGCAGGGAAGCUCAUUGGAGGAGCCAGUUGAUCACCCUACUGAGGUUUUUUAUGUAGACCCCAAAGGAGAAGAUAAUACUAAAAGUUAUGUUGCUGAAGAAGAGAAGGAACAUGUAGAGCACACAUGUUCUUCUGAGGUUUCAGCUGAGGACGUUCCUGAGACUUUUGAUGUAGAUCAUGCAGAAUAUCAAAAUGAGGAGGAUGCUGCUGAAGCCCAGAGCCUUGCUGCUGAACAACAGAAGGAACUUCAAGAUAUUCACAAUGAGAACUCUGAAACCAUAUAUUCACAAGAAGAGGUUUCUGAAUUUGAACCCAAUAAAGAUUAUCAUUUAGAAAAAACCUUGCCAGACACCACCCCACUACCUAACCUAGACAAUGAAUCUGAAGAUGUAUCUGAGGAACCAGUCACAUUAACUGGCCAAGUUAACAUUACCCAAGAUGAUGAAGAACAGCUUAUAGAAGAGUCUGGAAAACAUAGUUUGCUGACAGAUGAAUUUGUAACAGGUUCUAUUGAAGAAAGUGAAGAAAUGGAUGCUAAAUUAAGUACAAAAGAAGAAGAUUAUAAUGAUGGAGAUGGCUUCCCUGCCCUAGAUGUUGACACAGAAGUACAGAAAGAUACCUCAGACCGAGAGACAAGCAAUUUAAGAGACAACGAGUUUCCUGAUAACGCAGUGACAAACAUGGUAGCUGAAGAAGACAUAAGUGAAGACCACAUUGAUUUGGAUGAAUCACAAUACAAAGCCCCUGAAGUUCAAGCUACAGAAGCCAAUAUAUCCCAAGAGGAGAAGGAAACUAAGGAUCCAAUUGAGCUUGAUGAAGCUUUGGAUAAAGACAACAGUGAGGGACAUGGUCAGUUUGCAGAAGAUAUGCCAGAGGUUGCUAAGGAAAAUGACCAGCAAAAUACCAGUUCUGAAUGUGUAGCAUUAGACACAGUUCUGUUAGAUAACAUAAGUCAUCAGGAAGAACAGACAGAGGUGGAGGAACUUGGUGAUAGUGUUUCAGAAAGUGAGGAAUCUGGAUCUUUUGAUGAAAACUCACCUAACGCAACAACAGUCAGCGAGACUUCUCAACUGGAAACCAGCAGAACCAGUAUCACUGAGGAAACACAUCCAGAAAUGGAAGAGACUGAUGAAAUCACCACAAGUUCCAAAGAACAUGAAAAUGUUGGGUUGGAAAAUUCAGAAGACAAGGAGACAAAAGAAGUUGAAAAUAUAUUUCUGGAGGGAUCGGCCUCUGCUCCCAAUGAUAUUGUAGAGUUGGAAACCAGAUCAACAGACCAAGAGAAGGAAGAAGUAACAGAAAGCAGCAAUUCCUCUUAUGAUUCAAAUGAUACAUCUGAAUUAGAUGGAUUUAAAGAAAAUAUUGAUAACGCUGGAUUUGAAUUGAACAAAGACAGCGAGAACGUGAAUGGUCUACCAGCAUCCGAAAACCUUGAUUCAGCCAAAAAUGUAUUAAACGGUCAUUCAAACGGCGAACGGUCAGAGCAUGAACUCAGCGGUAAGAAGGGCUUCAUAUUAUUGGAAGAAAGCGAAGACAUUCAUACGCAAGCGAUCCUCCAUGAUUCAAUCAUUUCAUUUGCUAUGCCAGAAAGGAAAGACGAAGGACUAUUCCAGUCUUUGUUAGAACCUCCACAACCAAAAGAUUCUAGCAUAAUAAAUGAGCUCUCUGCUGAAGAAAGCCAAUUUACCAAGCUGGUGGAAGACCCCGCUCUUAGUUAUAAAAGUUUUAGUGAUCAGCCCGAAACCUCGUCUUUCACAAGUGAAAGUGUUGCUGAAACCAGCCAACAAAGCCAUGAAAUCCAUGAAGGUAUCUUUGAUAUCAAGGUUCAGUACGGGAAUGAAAAUUCUUGGUCAUCGGAGGACUAAACAGAGACUAUUUAUAUCCCCACCGCUAUGAACGUAGUUCAUUGAGAUACCAUUAAUAAUGGCUCCCAUGCAUGUUGGAGGCGGCUUAAUGUUUGGGGGAAAUGAUUUGUAGGAUGGCUUUGGGUUUUAUUGGUUUCUUUAAUACCGAACAAGGACUCUGAUGUCAAUUUUCUCAAACAAUUUGCUGUGAAUUCACCCAAUUGAAAGCUGAAUAACUGAUUGUUUUUUUUAUUGGAAGCAUUUAAAUUGUGUGUCUUGCAUGGUACAUGGUUUUAUCCGCGAUCAGCCGCUAGCAUAAGUUUGCAUUUCAUAUUUUAUGCUAUAGUCACAUUUUUAUUUGCUUUUCAUUUUAUUUAUUAGAAGGUUAUCAGCGUCACAGAAGUGAAAUUCUUAUCUGAUUCUGAAGAAAUUCUGGAGCUAAAAAAAAAAAAUGCUCUAAAAUUAGCACUUUAGCCUUUAGUAAUCAUGCCUCAAAACUGCGUAUAUUUGCCUUUAUAAGAAUGGCUCUAGAGCUUUCAGGUCUCGAGUAUACCUAUAAUAUGUUUGUAUUUGGGGAAUUGAUACACUUCCGGUAUUCUUUAAAACUCAUCAGAGGACCAGAACACUGAACUGCAUUGAAACAUUCUUAUUAUUAUCAAUAAAAAAAUAAGAACAUCAAAUAA